CAUCCGCUCUCUUGCGAAGGGAAGCGCACCGCGUCUCUCCGCCUGUCCUGGAUUAACUGAACUGAUUCGUCCACCAAGAGUUGAGGAUGAAAGCGUCCGCGGCCGCAGUGGCGUGUGUUUGUCUGUGCGUGCUCCUCACGCACGGAGCUUCAGGUUUCUACCCCAAAGCUCAGAACGUCACCUGGAACUCCAUCAACUUCAAGACCCUGCUGACGUGGGGGCCGCCACCCAGCGGCUACUCCUACACUGUGGAGUACUACGAGGUGAACAAGAACAAACAGCGGCUCCCGACCUGCUUCCAGACAGUGAACACGGCCUGCGACCUCUCCAUGUCCCUGACCAACCUCAAGUCCUGCUACAUCGCCGAGGUCGUCUCCCAACAGCCUCUGGGGAUGACCUCUGACCUCAUCGAGUUCCCCUACACCCGCUCCGAGCCCUUCUGCCCGUAUACGGAUACUAAACUUGGCCGACCGGAGGUCACGGUGGAGGUCAGCGAGGACAGGAAGAAGACCACUCUCUACGUGAGUGACCCUCUGAGUGCCGUGUUCCAAGGCCAGCAGCAGCUGAACCUUCGGGACAUUUUCGCAGAGGAGCUGCAGUACAAGGUCACGUACCGGCGGAACAAGAGCACCGGGAAGAAAGUGAAGACCUCUCCGGGAAACGUGAUCAAGUUCACAGAUCUGGAGAAGAAGGACAGCUACUGCUUCAACGUCCAGGUGCUUAUUCCGAGCCGCGACUGGGACAAGCAGCUGGGCGAGAUGAGCCAGACGCACUGCACCAAAGCUCACGACCCGCCCUUCACCACAGUGUAUUCGGUGGGUGUGAUCGCCGCCGGCUUCUUCCUCAUCCUGCUGAUCAUCGGCCUCACCAUCGCCCUGGUGGUCAUCUGCUGCAAGCGCAGGAGGAACGCUCAAAAGAGCGGCAAAGAAGGACUACCACUGAGAGACGUAUGAAACGUCCAUCGCUUCCCUUUUUUUAAACGGUACUUCCGGACCAGACGGGUCCAUCUGAACAUUCCUCUGUCCGACACUGGGAUAGCUUCCGCUCUGGUUUCUGUGAAACUGCCACACGAUCGUAGUUCACACUGUUAGAUCGAACACUCCUGCUGACACACAUAUUUAUCUAUUUAUUCAUGUCUGAAUACACUUGCUGGGAAAUGUUUAUUUUUAUACGUCAUUUUGUAAUUUAUUGCUUUUAAAAAUGUUUGUAAAUAACAGUUUUGUACUAGAGGUAGACACUGGUGUGGAAAUAAAAGUUUAACUCUA